AUGACGACCUUUACCUCCAUGUCGCUGUACGCCCUGACGGUCAAGCAGCCGUCGGCGACGCAGGAUGCCAUCUCCGGCGACUUCCUCGGCAACGGCAAGCAGCAGAUCCUCACAGCCAACGGCUCGCGCCUGGCCAUCCUCGACGUCUCGCGGCGGCAGAAGGGCUUCCAGGAAAUCUUCUCGCAGGACGUCUUUGGCAUCGUGCGUCGCAUCGCCAAGUUCCGCGUCGCAGGCGGCACCAAAGACCACAUUGUCGUGACCACCGACUCGGGCCGCCUCGUCACGUACGAGUAUCUGCCCGACGAGCACACCCUCAAGACGGUCCACUUUGAGACGUACGGCAAGUCGGGCAUACGGCGCGUCGUGCCCGGCGAGUACCUGGCGGCCGACCCCAAAGGCCGCGCCAUCAUGGUCGCCUCGACCGAGAAGAACAAGCUCGUCUACAUCCUGACCCGCAGCGGCCAGACCGACAUCGCCAUCUCGUCGCCGCUCGAGGCCCACAAGCCGCAGACGCUCGUCUUCUGCCUGCUGGGCCUGGACGUCGGCUACGACAACCCCAUGUUCGCCACCCUCGAGAUGGACUACUCGGCCUCGGAGUCUGACCCCACCGGCGCGGCCUACGACGAGAUGAAGAAGGAGCUGGUCUACUACGAGCUCGACCUGGGCCUGAACCACAUUGUGCGCAAGUGGGCAGAGCCCGUGGACCGCACCGCCAACAUGCUCUUCCGCGUGCCAGGCGGGCCGAACGCGCCCAGCGGAGUGCUCGUCUGCGGCGAGGACAGCAUCACGUACCGCCGCAUCUUCAACAACAAGUCGAGCGUCCACCGCCUGGCCAUUCCGCGCCGCGAGGGCCCCGCCGAGGACCCGAACCGCAAGCGGACCAUUGUCGCCGGCACCCUGUACUCGCUCAAAGGCGGCGACUUCUUCUACCUCGUCCAGACCGACGACGGAGAUUUGUUCAAGCUCACCGUCGAGGCGACCGACACCGUGGUCGACAAGAUCAAGAUCAAGUACUUCGACACGAUCCCGGUAGUGACGAGCAUCUGCAUUCUGAGGGCGGGUUUCGUCUACGCGGCUUGCGAAUCUGGCGACCGGAUUCUCUACGAGCUCGAGUCCCUGGGAGACGAGACCGACGACCCGCUCUUCGACAGCAGCCAGUUUCCAGCCGACCCGACCGCCGCCUUUGCACCUCCCUUCUUCCAGCCGCGAGCCCUGACGAACCUGACCCCCGUCGAGACCAUUCCCAGUCUGAACCCGAUCAUGGCCAUGGAGGUUGCCAACCCCGCGCUCGAGGACGCGCCCCAGAUCUACACCAUCAACGGCGCCGGCGGACGCAGCACUUUCCGCACCACGAGGAACGCCCUGGAGGUACUCGACCUGAUCGAGUCGCCGCUGCCGCAGAAUGCCUCUGACGUCUGGACCACCAAGCUGACUUGCGAGGACGAGACGGACACGCUCAUUGUGCUGUGUCUGCACAGCAGGACGCUGGUCCUGAAGAUUGGCGACGACGUCGAGGAGGCAGCAAACACUGGCUUCUUGGCCGACACAAACACACUGGGCGUGCAGCAGUUUGGAGAAGACUGCAUCAUCCAGAUCCACCCAAAGGGCAUCCGCCACAUCCAGAGCAUAUCGUUUCCCGACGACGACGCGAAUGCCACGCACGCCAGCUUGACCGACUGGCAGCCGCCGGCGCACAGGACCAUUGUCGCGUGCGCCACCAACAACCGUCAAGUGGCCAUUGCGCUCAGCUCAGGCCAGAUUCUGUACUUUGAGUGCGACUCGGAUGGCUCGCUUGCCAUGGCCGAGGAGGAGAUUGCGCUCGACAGCACCAUCAACUGCCUGACCAUGCCUGAUGUGCCCGAGGGCAGCGUGCGUGCCUUCUUCAUGGCUGUCGGCUGCAGCGACCAGACUGUGAGAAUCUUCAACCUGAGUCCCGACAUGGAGGGCAACAUCCUGCGAAGCAUCUCCGUCCAGGCGCUGACAUCACCGCCAAGCGACCUCACCAUCAACAUGAUGGCCGACAAGUCUCCCAGGGGGUACAGUCAGUACCUCCACAUUGGUCUGCGAAGCGGUGUGUACAUUCGAUCCGUCCUCGACGAGAUGACGGGAGACAUUGGCGACACUCGCAGACGUUUCCUCGGCCCAGAGCCCAUCAAGUUUGCCAAGGUGACCGUCGCCGACGAGCCUGCCAUCAUCGCAAUGACCUCGAGGCCAUGGCUUGGCUACACCCACCCCAGGACUGGCGUUCUGCAGCUGACGCCCUUGAACUACAUCCCCUUCAAGUCUGCGUGGAACUUUGAAGGCACCCAGUUCAAGGGCAUCAUCUGCGUGAGCGCUGCCGAGCUUCGAAUCUUCACCUUCAACGACUUGACGGACAACACGACGUACGAGAACAUUCCUCUCAAGUACACGCCGAGGAACAUGGUCGGCCAGCACGAGCAGGGUCUCUUCUACAAUGGCGCCAGGGCCGAAAAGGAGAAUGGCGCCAGGGCCGAAAAGGAGAAUGGCGCCAGGGCCGAAAAGGAGAAUGGCGCCAAGAGCGAAAAGGAGAACGGAGCCGACGGUGAGAUGGAAGUCGAGGGAGAGACGGCUGGCGAUGAGCUGCCGGCGGUCGACUUUGGCUACCCGCGAGUGCAAGGGCGAUGGGCGUCGUGCAUCCAGGUCGUCGAUCCCGUCACCGAAAAGGCGGUCACACACACAGUCGACCUGCCUACAAACCAAUCGCUGGUCAGCGUUGCUCUGGUGUACUUUGACAGCCGCGGCGAGGACGCCUUCCUUGCUGUGGGUACCGCAAAGGACCUGACGUUCCAGCCUUACAAAUUCUCCGGAGCGUCGAUACAGGUGUACAAGAUCUCGCCCACCGGCCGCGAGCUCGAGCUGUUCCACGAGACGGACGUGAGCGAGCCUCCGCUGGCUCUGCUCGCGUUCAAGGGCAAGCUCAUCGCCGGUGUCGGGCGGAACCUCUGCCUGUACGACUGCGGCAUGCGGUCGCUGCUGCGAAAAGCGCAGGCCACGGACUGCGUCAGCAACCGCGUCACCGACAUCAAGACGCAGGGCAGCCGCCUCGUCGUCUCGGACCAGACCGAGUCGGUCACGUACGUUGUGCACAAGGACCAGGUGCACCCGAACCGCCUGAUACCGUUUGUCGACGACACGGUCGCGCGCCACACGACCGCCACCGCGAUGCUCGACUACGAUACCACCGUCGGCGGCGACAAGUUUGGAAACAUCUGGGUCGUCCGCUGUCCGCAGAAGGUCUCCGAGUCCGCGGACGAGUCGCCCGACGGCUCCGACCUGCUCGUCGACAAGAGCUAUCUCGGCGGCACCGCGAACCGCCUCGACCUAGUCACGCACUACUUCGCCAACGACAUACCCGUCUCUCUCCAGCGCACCGUCCUCCUAUCCGGCGGCAACCGCGUCAUCUUUUGGGCAGGCCUCCAGGGCACACUCGGUGCGCUGAUCCCCUUCGAAUCCCGGCGCCAGCACAAAAUGUUUGCACAACUCGAGCUCGCGCUGCGCGCCGACGACGCCCCGCUGAGCGGCCGCGACCACCUCGCGUUCCGCAGUUACUUUGCGCCAGUCAAGAGCACCAUUGACGGCGACCUGAUUGAGCGCUUCCUCGUGCUGUCGCGCGACAAGCGCGAGGGUAUUGCUGCGCAGCUCACGGGCGCCGAGUGGACGCCUGCUGUUGUGGACGAGGCGAUUUGGAAUAUGCGUGGGCUGUAUGCGUUCUAG